CGCAUAUUUAUGGUUGUCUAUUAUUUUCGGACUGUUGCCAAGAGAGGCCUACGCCUUAAAAAAAUAAACUUCUUAUUUUUGUUUAGAGGAGGCAAAACAAGUUUCAAAUUUCCGACCGCAGACAAGGCAGCGUCAGCUUAGAUCUCCAAAAGAACCGCCCAUGAAUUCCAUGUCUGUGCCAUCCUCAGGAGAGGUUCCGUCUUGUGAAGAUGGAAACGCAAACCCAGUUGGUGUUGGAAUCAGUAAACCAUUGGUCGACACUAUUAAAGGAUAUCCUGUGGAACAACUUCAUCCUUUGGUAGGAUCUUCUCCAUGGUCUCCAAAACAGCUACCCAUAGUUACUCAACCUGGAAUAGGCACUGGAAUGGCACGGGGUGAACUAACUGGAAACUGGAAAAAUGUAGUACCAAGCAGUACAAGUGGAUUGGAGUACCUUAAGAUCAUCGACCAGCUUCUGGUCAAGCAAAGAGUGGAGUUUUUUGAGGCCAUUACCGGAUUUGAGACCAACAACCGUUACUCCAUCCAAAACGCGUUGGGACAAAAAGUGUUCUAUGCGGUGGAGGACACCAACUGCUGCACCCGUAACUGCUGUCCCGAGAGACCCUUCCAUAUGAAGGUGUUUGAUAACUAUCUGAAGGAAGAGGUAAUUCAUCUUCAUAGGCCUUUAGGCUGUUCCUCCGUCUGUUUUCCCUGCUGCCUGCACAGCAUCGAGAUAUCGGCACCACCCGGAAAUGUGAUCGGUAGUAUUCAGGAGGAGUGGUCUAUUUGUCGACCCUCCUUCCGCAUCCUCAACCGAAGUGGGGACCUCGUCUUGCGCAUCCAAGGACCUAUGUGCUUUUGCUCAAUCUGCUGCAAUGUGGACUUUAAUGUGGUAAAUCUAGACGGUGAAAGUGUCGGCAGGAUCUCAAAGCAAUGGUCCGGACUUGGUCGUGAGUUCUUAACGGAUGCGGAUAUGUUCGGCAUCACCUUUCCAAAGAACAUGGAUGUGGAUCUUAAAGCGGUUCUACUAGGCGCCACAUUCCUUAUCGAUUUUAUGUUCUUCGAAAAGUCAUGCAAAUGUUUAUUUAACUCUUGUGGUUGUUGCCUUAAUGUUUAAAAUAUAACAUCCUUGGGAGGAUAGACCCUUCACAAAAAUCUCAAAGAUUUUAAAAAGGGUAAGAAGACUGAAAACUUAGAAGUCUGAAACAUGAGUUGACAUAUACUUUUUUUUUAAAAACCCAAGCAUGUAUUUGUUAAUAGGUAUGGUUUAGCUGGCAGAUAAUGUAUAAAUUCAUAUCAGUAUUAAUAUAAUCGUUAAUUUUUAUGUAUUAUUGUUAUGUAUAAAUU